AUGUUGAGAAGUCUGAAAGGACUCGUCUGCCAUCCUCGAAAGUUGGACUGUGGGUAUGCCCUCCAUACGGCAGCCAAGGAUUGCUUAAGUUCCGUUGUCAGCCAGGACGUCCAAACACUGGCAGAAGGACCAAGAGCAGUUUUCUAUACCAGCGAGAAUGACCCGGCCAACCACGCGGAACAGCACGAGGGUCGUCACUACAGCAUCCCGCUGGAGGAGGUGAAGGCCGUCUUUCCGCACGGGCUGCCCUCUCGCUUCCAGCAGCAGAUUAAGACCUUCAAUGAAGCCUGCCUGAUGGUGCGAAAGCCAGCUCUGGAACUUUUCACUUACCUGAAGAACUCCAACUUCGCGCACCCAGCUGUCAGAUACGUGAUCUACGGCGAGAAAGGAACAGGGAAAACCAUGACUCUGUGUCACGUGGUUCACUACUGCGCAAGGCAAGGCUGGCUGGUGCUGCACAUCCCAGAUGCUCAUCUCUGGGUGAAAAACUGCAAGGAGCUUAUGCAGUCUUCCUAUAACAAAGAACGGCUUGAUCAGCCUUUGCAAGCAUCCUUCUGGCUCAAGAACUUCAAGGCCUCAAAUGAGCGCUUCCUAAAGGAGAUAAAAACACAAAGAAAAUAUGUGUGGGGCAAACGAGAAAGCACGGAGGAGGGCAGACCGUUGGGUGAGGUGGUGGAGCAGGGUUUAGCUCGCGUGAGGAACGCCAGCGACGCUGUAGGGGUUGUGCUGAAAGAGAUAAAGCAGCAGUGUCGUCUCGGCUCAUUCCGACUGCUCGUGGCAGUGGACGGCGUCAACGCGCUCUGGGGAAGGACCACGUUGAAGAAGGAAGACAAAAGCCCGGUGUCUCCAGAGGAGCUGACGCUUGUGUACAACCUAAGGAAGAUGAUGAUGAAUGAUUGGAACGGAGGUGCUAUUGUGACAACCCUCAGCCAGACCGGCUCACUCUUCAAACCCAGUUCUGCCUAUUUGCCCCAGGAGCUGCUGGGAAAGGUGAGUCUCGGGCUCUUCCCUCCCCACUUCCCUUUGGGAACCGAGCAGGAAUCCCG